CUCUAAUUGAAUGGAGAUCCUCGUUCGUCAGUACCCCCGGCUAAACCCGCAACCAAUCAAUUAUUAUUUAUUAAUUAAAACAAAAUCAAACACAAAAAAAAACCCAGCAUCUCACUCCUAUCUCACAGUCUUUCUCUCUCUCUCUGAAAUAUAACCCCUUCUCCCUGGCUCCCUCCCUAAAAGGCUAAAACCCCUCUCCGCCUCCGAUCCCCACUCCCUCUCCCAUUGUCCCCCCUCUCUGAAACUGUUGUUUUCUCCAACCUGGUUUCCAUUCCAUUCUACUAAAACCAAUCAGAUCUGCUUCCAUUCCAUCCCCCCUGCUCCUGCUGUGCAACUGCUCUGCUUCACCCUCCUUACUAGACAGAGGAUUAAUAAAGUGACGCAGCAACAAUGGGGGUUGCUUCGUUGCCGUCUUUACUGUUCGCCAUCCUAUUCGUUUCAUCGUUAACGGUCUCACCCGCAUAUUCCAGGCUGACCACCAACUACUACCAGAGAGCAUGCCCUAGGUUCCAAGAUAUCGUGCGAGACAUUGUCACCAACAAGCAAAUCACCAGCCCCACCACCGCCGCAGGCACCCUUCGCCUUUUCUUCCACGAUUGUAUGGUCGAGGGCUGUGAUGCCUCCGUCCUCAUAUCCUCUAAUGUCUUCAACAAAGCCGAACGCGACAGCGACAUCAACCUCUCCCUCCCCGGGGACGCCUUCGAUCUCAUCGUCCGCGCCAAGACUGCCCUGGAGCUGGCCUGCCCCGGCAUCGUCUCCUGCGCCGAUAUUCUGGCACAGGCCGCCCGUGAUUUGGUCGUCAUGGUCGGCGGCCCCUACUACACCGUUCGGUUGGGCCGCAAGGAUGGACUCAUCUCCAAAGCCAGCCGAGUCCUUUUGCCCAACUCCAGAUCCUCCGCCUCCGACAUGAUCAGAUUCUUCGCAUCCAAGGGGUUCUCCGUGCCCGAAAUGGUGGCCUUGGUAGGUGCCCACACCAUCGGAUUCUCCCACUGCAAGGAGUUCGCGGGCAGGAUCUACAACUAUAGCACGACCUCGCCUUACGAUCCCUCCAUCAAUCCCAGGUACGCCGAGGGGCUGAGGAGAGCCUGUGCCAACUAUCAGCGGGACCCAACAAUGUCGGCAUUCAACGACGUGAUGACGCCCAACAAAUUCGACAACAUGUACUACCAGAACCUGCAGAGAGGGUUGGGGCUGUUGCAGUCGGACAACACCUUGGUGGUGGAUGCGAGGACAAGGCCUUAUGUGCAAGCCUACGCGACCAACCAAACGGCAUUCUUCCAGGCAUUCUCUCAUGCUAUGGAGAAGCUGAGUAUGUAUGGCGUGAAGACGGGACGCUGGGGGGAAAUCCGCCGCAGAUGCGAUGCCUUCAACAUCAUCAAAACUUAAUUGGGUUCAAGUUCAACCUUUGGUUUUUCUUUUUUUUUUAGUUGAUCAUUUAAUCCGAUACUUGAUAUAAUUUCCAUUGGCAACGAUGACGAUCGAUGGACCAGAAGAAGAAAGAAAACCGAGAGAGAAGAUGAGGGAGAAUUUCGCAACGAUCGAUAAUUCAAUUCUUUUUCUUACGAUUUGUUGUUGUUUAUGGUAGUGUUGGUUGUGUUUUUUGAGGUUCCUAUUUAUAUAGAUUUUGUUUUGAGUAUAUAUAGAGCUGUGCAUGUAAAUGUAAUCAUAUCAUAUUUACAUGUACAUUGUAAUAAUCUUCUCUUCUAUUUUUUUUUUUAAGUUUUAUGUCGGAUUGCCAAUGUAAAUGCCAGUAGGUGGGGAAAGAGAAAGAGAGGGAGGGGGGGCAGAAGAUCGGUACUUGAUCAGAAAAUAAAAGUAAUAAUGAAAAUGGCGUCGAUUUUCAGUUUUCAUCUCA